UACGUGAAAGUAACGUGAUUGGUCCUGCUGAUUUCUAAACAGAAACCAGACACACUACUGCAGACGUCUACAGCCCGUUGCUGCCAAACUUCAAUUUAAUAUAGACGCAGAAGAAAUCCAGGUCGUGUUUUAAAGAAUAUAGCCCACUUGCAAAUAAUGGGAAGUGGUCCUGUGGACUCCUGUACCGCUGUCAGCUGUGUGUUUGUCGCUCAGGCCCGUUAAAGGCUCGAGCCUGUUAGCAUUAGCCGCCUGCAGCUGUCGUGCGAGCGCACUCACAGAGGCAAAAUGAUGCACAGAGAACAAGCGAUGGAGUCAGCGCUCCGUCUAACAGCCUCCCCUCAUGAACAGCAUGUUUGGGAAGCGAGUAGCAGAACUGCAACCAAGAAAUGCUCAUGCCUGUCCGGUUGUGGACCGGUCCUUUCUGACGAGUGAUUUCGAAGUCAUCACGGUGUUUAGUGUAAAAGUCCGCUCAUGUCUGUUCCGUGAGUGGUGUUCAAGUCUCGCGCCUGCCCAGAACAGCUUUUACAUCCAUGAGUUUGAAUUCAGUUCUCAGCUGUAAUGUGAGCUCAUGCAUUAGGUAACGCUGUGAUCAGAUGGAAGCGUCCCUUCUAAUGAAUAUUGUGCAGAAACACUCAGGAUCUACUGAUGUACAUGUGUACUGUCCCCUACCAAUCAUAACUUCAAAUUUACACAUUUACCUCAUUUUUGUGACAUUGUUCAACUUUCAUUUUUAAACUGGAAGUACGAGAUGGCCCAAUAAAACAAAAAAUUAACAAUUUACUCCUUAUUAACAAACAUAAGUGUUAUCAUUGUUUUCAGUGAAGUGCAACCUCUACAUAUCUUUACAUCUAAACAAAAAUUGUUUAGGCGUUUCAUGGCCCUUUAAGUAUUUAACUUUGUUGUUUUUUUUCAACAACUGGCAUUGUGAUGGUAAUUUUUUAGGAUGUGAAUGGAUUCAUGGAUGCUAUCAACUGCAUAGAAGAGCUCAGGGUAUUCAGUGAUAGUAUUGAUAGGAUUGUGCCAACUCAUCCAACCGUAGUGUUUGUUCUAGUUGUGAGGUGUUGUUGUUGAAUCCACUGGAGAAUCUUAAGACCUACAUAAGUAAUCGUCCGCCACUGGUCAUUUUUAUGGUCAGCGUCAGUGCUGUGGCCAUUGCUUUCCUCACUAUUGGAUACUUUUUUAAGAUCAAGGAGAUCAAAUCACCUGAGAUGACCGAGGAUUGGAACACCUUCCUUCUCCGAUUCAACGAGAUUGACUUUUGCAUCUCGGAAAAUGAGACGCUGAAGCACAGCUUGAACGAGUCCACUACACCAGAGAGCACAGUAACCAGCAGCCAGGUGCGAUCCAGCACCCAGUCACCACCCCUCCUGGAGGACCCAGGGCCAAUCAACAUCUCUGUGGCCAUCACACUGACCCUGGAUCCAUUGAGGCCAUUUGGGGGAUAUUCACGUAAUAUUACCCACCUUUACGCCAGUGUGCUCGGGCAGCAAGUUGGCCUUGCUGGCAGAGAGGCCCAUGAAGAGAUGAAUAUCACCUUCACCCUGCCAGUAGCCUGGAACUCAGAUGACUGUAUUCUACACGGCCGUUGUGAGCAGAUGGUCUUUAGCACCUGUAUGACCAUCACAGCAGCCAGUAAUGUCUUCCCUGUCACAGUGCAGCCACCUCACUGUGUCCCAGAGACCUACAGCAAUGCCACAUCCUGGUACAAGAUUUUCACCACAGCGCGAGACUCGGACUCUAAGUACACACAGGAAUACAACCCAUUCUGGUGUUACAAAGGUGCCAUUGGGAAGGUGUAUCACGCACUGAAUCCCAAGCUCACUGUCAUCGUUCCAGAUGAUGAUCGCUCUCUCAUUAACCUGCACCUCAUGCACACCAGCUACUUCCUGUUUGUGAUGGUCAUCACAAUGUUCUGCUAUGCAGUCAUCAAGGGCAGGCCUGGCAAAGUUCGACAGAACAACCCAGAUUUCUGUCCAGAAAAGGUGGCCUUGUCAGCAGGAUAAAAGGGGGUCAAAGGUGAACAUCUGAACUGAAGCAUAUCAGAAAGGGAAGUUGUGAGAAACUACAUGUUGCCUAAACCCAGGAGAAGGGUGCAAAAAAAAAACAAAAAAAAACAAGCUCUGUGAAUGCAUUUCUCUGCAAUGUUGGGUCACUCCAACCAAAGACUUUUAAGUGCCUGUAUGUACUGUGUAAAUAAUUAUAGGACUCUUAAAUUCAGUAAAGAAGCAGUUUGCCUGAGCUUCGCCCCUGCACCAUCCUGUAAAUGUUCAGUGUAUUCAGUAUCAACAGAGGACAGUGUUUGACUCAUUUUCGGAUGGGGAAUAUUACCUCCACAACAUUUUAUCCAUUGUCAUAAUUCAUUCUUCUGUACCUUUUGAGGUGUUGAUCAAAGAUCAACUACUUCUGUGACAUUUGAUUUUGUUUUUGAGGUGAUUGAACAUCUUACCGUGUUUACCUUGUCAUUCCUUAUGUGUCUUUAUCAACAUUAUUGUGUCCAUGCCAGAUUCUGCCAUGGCGCUGCUUUUGAUUCCUCUUAAAUGACAUAAAGAUGCUUGAAGCCCUCUCAUGGAGUUUGAUCAGGUUACUGGUCUUAAUCAUGGACAGGUUCCUCUAGAGAUGACACAUCUGUACGUUAUGUUUCUUUAAUCUUUGGACCCUUGACACUUGAUUUGACCCGCCUGCAGGUUUUUCGUUUUUCUGUUUUACUGUGAACAUACUUGUCACAAAGAGAUGACUAAGCAGAAGCUUUGUUAAAGGAAUGGCUUGCAAAAAAAAAAAAAAAAAAACAUUUUUUGUUCACCCUCAUGUCAUUACAAAACCAUAGGACUUUCUUCUGCAGAACACAGGAGGAGGAAUUUAAAAGGAUGUCCCUUUUGCUGAUUUCCAUACAGUGGUAGUUCAUAGUGACUUACAUUUUAAGCUUUAAAAGUGUCAUAAAAUGUAGAGAAGCUUGUUCACAUGUUCAUGCAAGAACUUGUGUUAUCACGAGAAAUAACGCUCUUUUUGCUUUCGUGAAAUUUAAGAGCGAGCCAUUUUGAAUGAGCUUCUAUCAUGCACUCCAGAAUGUGGAAAGUCAGGAUUUUCACUGCAAAAUAACUUAAAUUUUGCAUUAUCUUAAUCCUUUAGAAGACUUGAAAUAUGACACAUCAGUCCCAUGAACUACUUUUAUGACACUUAUGGGUCCUUUUUUUAAAAAGUGAAUCAACUACCAUUGUACGGAGAUCAGCAAACGGGACGUCAUCCAACAUUCCCGUUUUUUUACUUAUACAUAAGAAAAAAAUACAGGUUUGGAACAAGAUGAAGUGAGUAAAUAAUCACAGAAUUGUUAUAAUUGGGGAGAUAUUCUCAAAUUCAAACUUUUGAAAAACGUUACUUUGGCGGGCUCGGUCCACACAUUCUAUCUACUUCAACCGUAAUUGAAAUGUCUCUUUGAAAACAGAAAACAGAUGAAAGUCCUGAUCUUGGGACAGGGGUUCAAUGGAUUUGUGUUGAUUCAAUGUGCAAGAAAUAUAAAAUAAUGUAACGAUCCACUGCCUUUUUGCUUCACAUCUCAUUUAGAUCCAUGAUCGUUUCUUGACACUGCUCGAAUGUACUUAUAAAAUCUACAGUAAAUUAACAGCAGCGAUGCUGCAUAAUUAAUAUUGCAUAAUCUCUUGUACAUUUAACAUUUGUACUUAAAAAUGGUAAAUCGUUAUUGUAGAUAUUUUAUUUUUUGUAACCUAUUGGUAAAGUUUUGUACCAACAAUUUUAACUUUUUCUUUACCCAUUGCUCAGCCAUCCAUUGUGUUUCUUGCCUUUUUAAUCUCUUGCCAUUUAAAGUUUUUGUUUGCCUAAAUAUCAAAUAAGGCAUCAAUGCCUCUUUGUUUUAAUCUUAGUGCAAUAUCUGACCAGUCAUCUUGCCUUCUCCAAACAUACAGGGUUGUUAUUUUCAUUGUUAAUAGGUUUUCAUUUUCACACAAUGAAACAUAUCGUGCAUGUGUGAUCAUAUCAAAUAGACAUGCAUGGUGUGUGAAAAGAAAUAUUUUGGAUUGUAAAUAUAACAGGAGAGUGUUGCUGAUACCUUUGGUCUGUCAGCCUUUAUUUCAUUCCUCUAUUUGGUUUGCAUAAUUGUAUCUCCUGUCCACAGUCAAAAACCUAGCACAUACAUAGAGUCUUUGUUAAUUAUUCUUCAAAAUGAUACAUGAUCUGGGCUUUUACUUUACAAAGUUUCACUGCAUCAAUCAAAACUUUGUCUUGCUUUGUAGCAGCCAUCUUUAACUGUAAAAGUCAUUGUCCAUUAUUACCACCCCCUUAUUUAUCUUCCUUUAUUACAGCCCAUAAUAAAUGACCAUCCAACCACUAAUGUGCCUUUGCACUAGUCAGCUCAGCUGUCGCCCGUGUACUGUAUAUAGCACCAUUUUUGUGUUUAAAUACCAUUUUCAUUUUCUAGUUGAUCCUGCUGUAUAAAGUUUGAGUUGAAAUAAAUACAUCCUAUUCACAUUUACUUUCUCCCUAUUUCAUGUCUAACCCCAAUUCAGAACUCUAGUAAUGAUUGUAAAAGUCUGGGAUUCAGUUGUGCUGUUCUUUUCGCUAUAGGAAGGAGGGUAUAGAUUUGUUUUACAUGCCAGUGCUUUGUUUACUACAACUGUUUUAAUAGAUUUUGAAGUGAGACACAUGGUGACAUUGGGAAAACUGCCAUGGGAUGAUCGCAAAAUACUUUGAAACCUCUUAGAAAAGCAAUAUUUUGGAUUUGAGUUUGUAUGUACAACUAAUGCAUUUGCAUUUCUUGAAGUUGUUUUCUGUUCUUAGUUCAAUUCUAUGUUCAGACCCAGAGACAUAUGCUCAUGUUUAGUUUCAUUUUGAGAUCCGAUUCAUUCCUGUCUGAUCACUGAAUGAACGUUUCUGCUUCAUAACUGCAGCUAAUAAGAAUAAUUAACGCAGUCAUUAAAGUUGGCCUUUCAGUGCUGCUGGAGGACAAUGGAAAAUGACAUUGAAUUCCAUGGAUGCUGCCUGAUGCUUAGAUCAUAUUGAUCUUUCCCUUCAUCUCUCCUUUGGGCUUGUAGCAUUAGUGAAGUGUAUUUGUUAGUAGUAGAAGGUCUGCUUGUGUGAACUUGCAGCACACCCGCUCACUGGUUCCGUUGUGUUGGCGAGAGAUGUUGCAAGCCCUUUGACUUGUCAUGAUGCAUGAUUGUAAAUGUUCUACCUGCUGACCUGUUUGUAUGAGGACAAUCCCUCUGUUUAUGUUCUGUUUGUAAGAUAUUGUAGGCACAUGCUUUGCUGAAUAAAAUCAGAGAUAACACUGA